AUGAAGCUACGGCUUCAACAGGUUCAACAGGAAGAGAAUCAGUCCAAGGAUAACACGGAGGGGGAAGGGGAUAGCCAUAGGAGGAGUAUUCAUCAAAGACUUACUACUCCGAACGAGCAGAAUUCAAAUCUCCUUCGAAAGCCACCCGACGAGAUACUAUGUCAUUCCUUUCCCACCACUCUCAAAGGGGCUACAAGGGAAUGGUUCACGAAGUUGCCCACAUCAUCCAUCGACAACUUCGAGCAGUUAAGCAAUGCUUUCUUGCGUCACUUCAUUGGGGGGCAGUGUCCUAAGAGGCUAGCAGACCACUUACUCACCAUUAGGCAGGGAGAAAAGGAAACCUUAAGGUCAUACGUGAAACGCUUUACUCAGGAGACCCUCGAGGUAGACGAAGCUAAUGACAAAGUACAGCUGAUGACCUUCAAAGUGGGACUGAGAUCCAGAGAUCUCGUGGCUUCACUCGCGAAGAACCCUCCAAAGACGAUGGUAGAAAUGCUCCUUAAAGCACAGAAGUACAUGAAUGCUGAAGACGCUUUAGCAGCCAUAAAGGAUGUAGAGAAACCAGGAGACAAAGGAAGAAAGGAUGACAAGCAUAGGGAUCAAAAGAGGGAAUGCCCAGAUCGUUGGAAUAAUGACGGGAAUAGAAGAAAAGAAGAAAAAGGUCCUCAGACGGUAAAAUUUACCCCUCUAGUUAUGCCUGUUGACAAAAUUUUAAUGCAAAUUAAGGACGAGCACUAUCUCAAAUGGUCGAGACCAUUACACUUAUCUCCUAACAUCUGUGAUAAGAACAAGUACUGCCGAUUUCACAAGGAUCAUGGCCACAACACGGAAGAUUGUAAGAACCUAAAGGAGCAAAUAGAGGAGUUGAUACGGAAAGGCAAAUUACAGAAAUACGUGAAGAAGGGAGAAUAUAGUAAGUUCAGGGACGGCAAUAAGAGUCAGCAUGAGUCCUCUUCCAGGAGUGACGAUCGACCGUUCCAACCUACACAAGACGUGAACGGGGAGAUAAAGACGAUUACAGGAGGGCCCUUCACAGGAGGGUCAUUCAAAUCCCUCCAGGAAGCAUACCAAAGAGAGGUGAAUAGCGUCCACACGAUACCUCUGUUUAAGCAGCAACGGACGGACCAGGACAUGUCUUUUAAUGAAGCAGACGCUAGGGGAGUGAAGCAGCCCCACAAUGACCCUUUAGUUAUAAUAUUGAAUAUAGAGGGAUUCAACACCAAAAGGAUCCUCGUGGACAACGGUAGCUCUGCAGACAUCAUCUACCUCCUCGCCUUCCAGCAGCUGAAGCUAGAUCCAAGGAAACUGCGUUCAUUUGACUCCCCCCUUGUCAGUUUCAAUGGAGACAGGGUAUAUCCCAGGGGCAUAGUGACGCUGACAGUAACAGUGGGGACCUACCCGGCGCAGUUGACCUGUCAAUUAGACUUCCUGGUAGUAGAUUGCCCCUCAUCUUACAAUGUAAUCAUUGGGAGGCCCACGCUCAACAAAUGGAAAGUAGCCACUUCAACCUAUUGCUUGAAGGUAAAAUUCCUAACAGAUAACGGUGUCGGCGAAGUAAAAGGAGAUCAAGUCUUAGCCAGGGAUUGUUAUCAAGCCGUCUUGGCCGCAAAAGAGAAUCACACAUGGAUGAUCGAAGGGAAUGACGAAGAUAAAAUGGAAGCCUUGGAAACAGUAGAACUGGCCGAAGGGGAGGCAACCAAGACAACGAAGAUAGGGACGACGUUGAGCCCCGAGAUGAGAACAAGGCUCAUCUAA